UAACCUGUUGGGUUUCUCUUCCACACUGUGGAAGUGUCUUCUGCGUUUGAGUUCACACUGCGUUUGUGGGCUGUAAUGCUUACCACCUAGGUCUGCAGUUUCAGUCUUUAAGUUAGCGAGAUUAGGAAACCACCAGGAGGAACGAACAAUUCCAGACGCGCCACCUUAAGAACUGUAACACUCACGGAGGAAGUCUGUAGCUUCGUUGCUGAAGGAGCGAGACCACCGAACCCACCGGACGGAAGAAACUCUGAACACAUCCCAAUAUGGGAAGGAGCAAACUCCAGACACGCGCUUUUAAGAACUACUCUGGAUCCUGGAAACCUGCCCUGGAGAGAAGCAGUUUGACAGCCCAGAAGCAAAGAGAGCAGAAGAGUCCAUGGCACCCAGAGACCCCUACGCUGACAGCGGGGCCUGGAGGAGCUGAGGACAGGAGAAAGCGACAGAGCUCAGAAAGGAAGUGCUCCCUGGAGAAUGGGAGAGUGUCCUGUGAACACAGAGCUGGUCGGCCCGGGACCCAGAGCCAUGUGGAGCCGCGCGGGCCUCAUGCUGCCUGCAUACCACCCCCUCCACCCGUGUUUUCCACAAAGGGGAAUCUCAUCCCCAGCCGGGACCUGCCCUGGAGUCAGCAUGUGCCACCCCUCCCAGUGAGUCACCUGCCAGUGCCCACUUCUCCUCCUUCUCCUUCCUGCUCUAUCCCAAAACCACAGAGCACCUUGGGCUUUCACAGAGCAGCAGGAGAGAGGGGUCAGGCUGUCCUCAGCCUAAGGUACAGCAAGGGCAUCCAACCCUGCAGAAGCAGGGCCACAGGGAGGCUCCCAAGAGAUGACCCAAGAUGUGCCCUCAGAAAGCUACAACAAAUCCAGACUGCACCUGGGCUCGGGGCCAAAAUGCCCUGGGCCUGGGGAUGCCCAAGAGGGUCUCCUUGCCCCCCCACCAUAAUCACCCACAUCACUCCACUUCCUCCUAACCCCCUACUUCCUCCCAAUCCCCGCAGGGGCUCCUUGGGCAACACUUCCCACAAAGGGACAAAAAGGGUCAGAAAGACACAAAGUUCUGAAAAUGUCAGACAAGUCCCUGGAUCCAGCUAUGUCUGAAGCAAGCUGCAGACCUAGACCGCCCAGAUAUUUGAGCCGAUCAUUUUUCCCCUUAAACCAGUUUGAACUAAGUUUCUAUCGUCUGCAACUGAAGGAGUCCUUGAAUCCACAUGCAUUCAUGUCUUUAGUAAUUCAUUUCACUACUUACGGAGUUCCUGGUAGGGACGUACUAGGGGCAGAGAGAUGACUAAGCUAUGCGUCUGUCCUCAAGGAGCAGAUUCUAAUAGGGAAGGGGGACAUGCAGGUAGAUCACUGCAGUUUGGUAUAGUAUACUAUUUAUGAUAUGGUCAGGGCAAAUUGGAGGCACCUCAGAGGCAUGAUAACCCCAAAGAUGAUCCCUGAAAAGUCAUGAGCAGCUCCCCAGGUAGCCGUGCUGGGAAAGGUAGCCCUUUCCUGAACUCCAGAGACCCGUCCUCCUGACACUGCCUGUCUGCCUCUCAGCCAGAUCUCCCUGGAAUUCUAGAAAAUGAGCCCAAAGUGUGGGGUUCUGGUCCCAGCUCUGACACUUUGUUAUGCAAUCUUAACUAGGCAACUUCUCUGAGCUCAGUGUUCCUACCUAUAAAAGAAAAGCUUUGUGGAUGCUAGUGGAACUUUAUCAGUACUUGAAGCUUUCAGGGACUAUAUCCUUAAGGUUUAACCAAUUCACAGCCACACAGUUCACACUGAAAUGCACAAAGUGACUGUGGCAGAAACUGCUAGUUGUUGUCCACUUACACCCAUUUUCUCCCUUUUCUUUUUAAGAGACAGGGUCCCGCUCUGUCACCCAGGCUGGAGUGGUACCAUCAUAGUUCAGUGGUGCAAUCAGAACCCACUGCACCCUUGUAACUCCUGGGCUCAAGUGAUCCUCCUGCCUCAGCCUCCCGAGUAACAGGGACUACAGGUGCUGCCAGCACACCCAGCUCUCCCCUUCUUCCGUAGCAUUUUUAGUUAGGCACACGGCCACUCAGCUAACGACUGCAGAUCCCAGCCUUACUUGCAGCUGAGUAUGGCCAUGCAAUGUGUACACUGAUGUGUACAGCUUCUGGGUCAUGCCCUGAAAGAGAGAAGCAUGCCCUCCCCUCCCUUUCCCCUCCCCCUUCCCACUGGCUGGAACAUAGAUGUGGUGUGUGUGGCGACCAUACUGCCAAAGGCAACACCCUGAGGACGGCAGAGCAGCAGACAGAAGAACCCUGAGGGACUGUAGUAUCAGCCCUGGAUAUACCCAGAUGGUCACAUGGGUGAGAAAUAAACAUCUCUUCCAGCAUAAGUCAUUGCUAUUUUGGGCCUUUCUUACAGCAUCUGAACUAACUAAGGAGCCAUCCCACCCUUAUUUUCCCUCCUUCUCUUCCCCCUCUCCCUAUCCGAUGAGCAUUGCCACUGCUCAGAGCCACAAAAGGAAACCACAUCUAAAAUAGGUAUCUCAAAAUACGAACAGGAGACUAUCUCAUCAGAGUCACCGAGUGAUGCCUGAGCCCAGCUUUGGACAAAUGUCAAGGGUAGAAGUGACCAGGCUUGGGGACUGUUUGUAUUGAGGGAGGGGCUGAAGGUGUCAAGAGGGCACUGAAGGCUUGAGCAAUGGGCAAACAUGGACACACAUAACAAGGAGACCUGGAGAUGAAGCACGUGGAGGGGGAAGAUCAGUUCCUACUGAGCUCGACUAUGGAUCAUCCACACCAAAAUGUCCAAUGGACUCCCAGACACACUGAGCUGCAGCUCAGAACAGAGGGACAGGGCAGUCAUUCGUGCAGUGGUGGUGACAGAACCAAAAGUGGGGUCACUGAGGGAGAUGAUGCCAUGAGAACAAAUUCUGGGGAAACUGCAGAAAUUAAUGAUCAAGUAUCAGAACAGGGAACCUUUCUCUGCCCCCCCCCCCCCCACCGCAUACACACAAUCUCUGUUUGCCCUCCCCUGUGAUGGGCACCCAUGGCCUGCAUGGGCUAUCCACUUGCUUUUGGACAGCGUUCAUCGGUGAGAAGCUCUACCUUAUACUUAGCCCAAAUUUGUCUCCCAAUACAGCCCACAACAGUCCUCAUGUGACCCCUUGGACCACACAGAAUGAGUCUGCCCCCUUCCUUAUCAAAGCCCUGCAAGUAUUUGAUCUUCCUUGAUGAAGUCACCAUUGAGCAGCCAUGUCACACCAUUCACCAAAAUAACCCAAAAUAACAGACUAUCAAAUCUGUAGCCAGCCAUCAGAAGUCACUCACACUCACUGCUGCUAAUCCACACCUCUGCCAUCCUCUUCUGAUGGAGUUCAGAAUGGGGAGGAGUUUUACAGGAUAGUUCAUUUGUUACUAUUCCAUUUCACCCAGUUAAACUGAGUCCAUUCCUCCAACUGCCACAACAUUUUUUUCAUUGUUGUAAAAUAUAUGUAACAUGAAGUUGGCCAUUCUAUCCAGGUUUAAGUGUAUAAGUCGGCAGCAUUAACUAUAUUUACAAUGCUGUGUAACCCUGACGUGAUCUUUUGAAGUACUCUUUUGACUGUUCCUGGUGCAUAGACAAUGCUCAAUAAUUUGUUGGUGGAUGUAAAAAAGAAUGAAUGAAUAUCAUCUGAAAAGGUUACUCUCCUCUCUCUGCUGGUGUCUGGGUGUCAUCAAGGUCCUCAGGGAGAGGACAGGAAUAGGAAAGCCCACAGCACCAUCUGUCCCCGGAUGAUCAAUGUCCAUCCACCAU